CAAAUUGUUCUCUGGGUUGGAGCUAUCAAUGGAAUGGUUCUACCAGCGUGAAUUGAGAAUUGGCGACGUCUGGCGAACAGAGAGAUCCCUCGAUGUGAGUGCCUUAAGUUUCAAUCAAAAAGGAAACUUAUUAGCAAGAGCCGCUCUAAACAAAGUUUCUAUUUGGGAUUGGGCUGCAAGGAAAAAGCGUUGUUGCCUUCCAAGUGGCGAUGGCUUACUAAGCGAGGCCAAAUGGCUGCCUUUAGACGUAGAAAAUUUUAUGGUCAUUCGUAGUUUCGAUGGUGAUAUACAUUUAUUAGAUCUUGAAUACAACUCAUGGAAACAAUUGUUGCACUAUGAAUCAUCCUUUCAUGAUUCGGUACCACGUAGACAACAUUUUAUGAAUGACAGGUCAUUGGCUGUGCAUCCUGAAAUACCCUAUGUCUUGUUUUCUGCUGGAAACGGCUCGAUUUCAUCCAUAGAUAUCCGGGAGGAUACAUCAAAAUUGGUCGAUAUAAAGAAAUUUCGAAAUAGUACGUUAACAAGUAUACAUUGUAAUCCUUCUAAUAGUAAUGAAGUUUGUGUCACCGGUCAUUUUCCCUGCGUAAGGGUGUAUGAUCAGCGAAAUACUUCGAAACCACUUUAUCAAUUGUGGACCACCAAGUAUCACAAGGUAUGCAUUAGUUUGAUUCAAACCUAUUGCUGA